AUGAAGAUCCGGUGCGAUGUGUGUGACAAUGCUGAGGCCACAGUUUUUUGUUGUGCAGAUGAAGCUGCUCUCUGCGCUGAAUGUGAUCACAGAGUUCACCAUGCAAACAAGUUAGCAAGCAAACACUCAAGGUUCUCUUUAGUCCAUCCUUCCUUCAAAGAAUCCCCUCUUUGUGAUAUUUGUCAGGAGAGGAAAGCCCUUCUUUUUUGUCAAGAGGAUAGAGCGAUUCUAUGCAGAGAAUGUGACCUUCCGAUUCACAAAGCUAAUGAACAUACUCAGAAACACAAUAGGUUUCUUCUCACAGGUGUAAAGCUCUCUGCUUCUUCUUCUCUAUACACAAUAUCACCCUCCACUAGUAACUGUGAUGCAAACAUUAACACUACUAGAAAUAGAAACCAUCACCCCUACCCAAGGAAACCCAGUUCAGCUUCCCAUGAAAUCUUCAGCUCUCCUUCAGUUGAGACGGCAUCACCACCAACAGCAUAUAAUCGUGAUGAUAAUCAUGUUAGUGACAAUGGUUCAAUUUCAACAAGUCGCAUAUCUGAGUAUUUAGAGACAGUACCAGGCUGGCGCAUCGAUGAUUUUUUUGAUCCUUCAUUUGCUACCAAUAAUGGUUUCAGUAAGACUGGUGACCUUAUUUUGCCAUUGCCGGAUCGAGAUCUUGAAAGCUAUAAGAGUUCUUUUUCACCAGAAGAUAUAGACUUCUGGGUCCCACAAGUUACACCCCAAUUCCCUCAACUUCCUCUUUAUAUUGCCCGGCCUGGUUUGCCUAGUGGAUUUAAUGAGUCCAAAGAAGCAAGCAAAAUGAAGGUUAGUAGGAGAUGGAAUGAAGAUGGUUUUACAGUUCCUCAGAUCAGUCCUCGAUCUGUCAAGCACUCCAGGCACCUCUAG